AUGAAGGACAGACUGAAGGUGCAGUUAAAAGCCCGAAAAUCCAUUAAUCAACAAUUACAAAGUAAGGGAGGUCCGGGCGAAGCCGUAAUAUUCUUAAACACGGGCGAUUUAAUGGAAUCUUACACUAUGGACCUUAAGUACGACGGUUUAUACCGUUCCUGGCCAUUCCUCACUACCAGGCUGAUAGUUGACAAGACCAUGAUUGCGCUUGCAGGAGUUGCGAUCCAUCAUUUGGUAUCCUUAGAGGAACACGUUGAAUGGAUCGCAAAAGAUUUUAAAUAUAGAACAUGUCGUAGUGGUAAUACUACACCAACCGAACAAAUGUCUUUUAUGCGCAAAUUUCCAGACCCACCACAAGUAAAGAAAUUGAUUCAUUAA